CCAACAAAGGCCGGUUCACCUUCGCCUUCUUUUCGUUUUGUUGGUUUGUUUAAAGAAACAAACAAACCACUACCCAUCAAGAACCUUCUCUCUCUUUUUCUUGUUCUGCAUCUUCCUCUCCCUUGUAUCGUAGAAAAGAGAUUGCACAAGAAAGCACUCGUAUAUUUCAAUAUCAUAUUCCACGAAAAUACUAGGAGAACAGCUCAGACAAAGCUAGAGGAGGAGAUCCUUGUGUACUUUUGAAUCCAUGGAACAACUCGUCAACUUUAUCAUUCGGCCACCCAGGGAGUCGCUGCAUUAAGAUCCAUUUAUUAUUUAUUUGAUGCAUACAAAAUCUGAGAUCUUUUGAAGAUAUCAUUUAAUUUUUUAUUUUUGGAUCAUUUAAAUUUUUUGUUAGACCAUUUAAGUUCUAGUUCUUAUUUAUUUCUGUGGUUAAUGUCAAAAAAAAUCCUCAACCAUAUACGCUUGUGAGGUUCACAUGGCUAUUCGCUGUGACUGUAAUCCUACGAAUUUAUGAGCUAUCAUCUGAUUUGAUUCAACAACACCAAGAUUUUAAAUAUAAUAGUUGUUAUGUUUAUAACCAGUUUUUGAAUCAAGUUACAGACUAUUCUGCUGGCAGAUAAUCAUGUCGAAUAUCAAUAAGUCAUAGUCAGCUUUAAGUGUGUUGUUUUUUUUUUUUUUUUUGCAUCUAAAAUGAGAUGGUUUAUAUUACUGACAAUGAUUACAGUAUUUACCUAUAAAAUAAUUACCCAUAAAAAAUAAUGAUUAGAGUAUUUGAAAAGAAUCCUCAGUUUUUGGGUUGAAAUUUGAGAACUGGGAAACUUUGAGGCACAUACUCAAAGGCACACAUUUCAGUCUGUGAAGCACUCAAAAGAAGCAAAAAUAUGGCAAUGAUAGCUGAAUAUGACCCAAAAGAUGAUUUAUUAGAUCAAGAGUUCAUGCUGAAAGGGAAGUGGUAUCAGAGGAAAGAUGUAGAGGUUAAAAACAGUCGGGGGGAUAUUCUUCAGUGCAGUCAUUAUGCGCCUAUUGUUACUCCCGAAGGAAAGCCUUUGCCCUGUGUGAUAUACUGCCAUGGGAACAGUGGGUGCAGGGCUGAUGCCAGUGAAGCUGCGAUAAUUUUGCUGCCAUCGAACAUUUCAGUUUUCACUCUUGAUUUCUCUGGAUCUGGACUCUCUGGAGGAGAGCAUGUCACCCUGGGGUGGAAUGAAAAGGAUGAUCUCAGGUCUGUGGUUGAAUAUCUGCGGGCUGAUGGUAAUAUCUCUUUGAUAGGCUUGUGGGGCCGUUCAAUGGGUGCUGUUACUAGCCUAAUGUAUGGAGCUGAGGACCCUUCCAUAGCUGGAAUGGUUUUGGAUAGUCCCUUCUCAGACCUAGUUGACCUGAUGAUGGAACUGGUAGAUACCUACAAGAUCCGUUUACCCAAGUUCACUGUGAAGUUUGCAAUCCAAUACAUGCGAAGAGCUAUUCAGAAAAAGGCAAAGUUUGACAUAACGGACCUGAACACCAUUAAGGUGGCAAAUUCUUGCUUCGUCCCUGUUUUACUAGGGCAUGCCAUUGAUGAUGAUUUCAUACGCCCCCACCAUUCAGAUCGUAUAUUUGAGGCAUAUAUGGGAGACAAAAACAUUAUCAAGUUUGAGGGGGACCAUAACUCUCCACGUCCACAGUUCUACUUUGAUUCUAUAAAUAUAUUUUUCCACAAUGUUUUGCAACCUCCAGAGGAUGAACUAGCUGGAGCAUUUUUUGAUCCCAUGGAUGAUUACUUUGGUAAGGGCGGUUGGAGAAAUGUACAUGGAGUUGACUAUGACCAUAAAUCUUCAACUACAUCUAAAGAACCAGCAACAAGCAGCACGGCAGAUGCCAUUAAAAACCUCCGUACGAGAAGACCUAUGAGCAGGACAGAGGUUCCUUCUAAUUUCCCUUCUAAAGAUGAUAAAUCUGAAGAUGAGCAGGAUGAAAAAAUGGAUGAUGAGCAUUGCCCAUCAUCAUCUGAAAUGAUUAGCUUUGAAUUUUCCAAUGGCCGUCCUUGUGGCCCCCAUGUUCCAACUACUUCAGAUGACGAUCAAUAUGUGGAAUAUCCACUUGAUGACUUGACAGGUUUUCCGUCCAAUGUGGAGGAGGAAGAAAGAAUGCUUAUGGAAGCAGUGAUGGAAUCAUUAAAAGACUUGGAAAUGAGACAUCCCCAGGAAGGAGAACUGCCUAUCGAUAGCUCCAGUUCUAUAAAGCCUUUAUAUAGAGAUGACCAGGAUGCUUCUCCUACAGAUCGUUGUGGGUCCUCAGAGACACAACUCAAUUCCAAUCCAGUCGAGCAUUGUGAACUGUCAAAAACAGAAUCCACUUCCACUUCGGUCUUCAAUGCCCAGAAAUUGGCAUCUGAGCAGCCAUCUCCUGAUACGAGUGUGACUGCGGGACAUGCAAUUGAUGCUUCUUCAUCUGGCAUGGAAAAUGGAAGCACAGGAACUUCUGCUCGUAGCGAUACUUCAGCAAGCAUACAGAGCUCAUUGGAUGCGGACAUGUCAGCCAAUACAAAAGCCACAUUGACUGUUGAACGUAGCCCGGCAGGCAAUGUUAUGGAUGGUUUAAUGCGUCGUUGGGAUUUCAACUUUUUCCGAAACAGCAAUAAUCGAUGAGAUGAAAAGAUUUUUUCUUCUUUUUUCGUGCAAAAUCUGAUAAAUGAAUGUCGUGUACCUAAGCAUCGAGAGACAGGAAUUGUAGCUUGUAAUUGCUUCCUAUAAAAAGAAAGGAAAAAAGAAAUGUGCUUUGUGUGUGUGUGUAAGAAGGCUAAUAUUUUUCCUUCACAUUAUGUUACACUGAUCUACAUUUAUGAUUAAAGAAUAGCAAAAAUGAUUGUUUUUA